CACGUGGCUGCCGCGGAGCCAGAGCAGCAAUGGCGGCGGGCGGCGGCGCUAGCUGCGACCCCCUGGUUCGGGCGGGGGUCCCCUGCGCCUUCUCCCCUCAGAGCCAGGCCUACUUUGCUUUGGCCUCUACUGACGGUCACCUGCGAGUGUGGGAGACAGCCAACAACAGGCUGCACCAGGAAUACGUGCCUUCCGCGCACCUCAGCGGUACCUGCACCUGUCUGGCCUGGGCGCCAGCGCGGCUGCAGGCCAAGGAAAGUCCCCAGAGGAAAAAAAGGAAGUCAGAAGCUGUAGGAACGAGUGACCAGGUUGACUUGUUGGCUCUUGGUACAGCAGUUGGUAGCAUUUUAUUAUACAGUACAGUUAAAGGAGAAUUACACAGUAAAUUAAUAAGUGGUGGACAUGACAACAGAGUCAAUUGCAUACAGUGGCAUCAAGACAGUGGCUGUUUAUAUAGUUGUUCAGAUGAUAAACAUAUUGUGGAAUGGAAUGUACAGACGUGCAAAGUUAAGUGCAAAUGGAAAGGUGACAAUAGCAGUGUCAGUUCCUUGUGUAUCAGCCCAGAUGGAAAGAUGUUGCUUUCAGCUGGUCGAACAAUCAAACUAUGGGUUUUGGAGACCAAAGAAGUCUACAGACACUUCACCGGACAUGCAACACCAGUUUCGUCACUUCUGUUCACUACUAUCAGACCGCCAAAUGAGAGUCAACCUUUUGAUGGAAUUACAGGUCUUUAUUUCUUAUCUGGAGCAGUACAUGACCGGUUACUUAAUGUCUGGCAGAUCCGGUCAGAAAAUAAAGAAAAGACUGCAGUGAUGUCUUUUACAGUUACAGACGAACCUGUCUAUAUUGACUUGACUUUGUCAGAAAACAAAGAAGAGCCUGUCAAGUUAGCUGUUGUUUGCAGAGAUGGUCAAGUUCAUCUUUUUGAACACAUAUUAAAUGGAUUCUGCAAGAAGCCUUUGACUUCAAACUGCACAGUUCAGAUAGCAACACCCGGGAAAGGCAAGAAAUCAACACCAAAACCCAUCCCUAUUCUAGCAGCUGGUUUUUGCUCAGACAAAAUGUCAUUGUUGCUUGUAUAUGGCAAUUGGUUUCAGCCUACCAUUGAGCGAGUGGCUUUAAACUCCAAAGAAACUCAUAUGUGUUUAGUAAGAGAUAUUUCAAACUGCUGGGCCCCAAAAGUAGAAACAGCCAUAACAAAGGUGAGAACACCAGUGAUGAAUUCUGAAGUAAAAGUUCUGGUGCCUGGGAUUCCUGGUCAUCAUGCAGCUAUCAAGCCUGCUCCUCCACAAACUGAGGGAGUAGAGAGCAAGAGGAAAUUAGGGGGAAAUGAGGUUAGCAUUGAAGAACGCCUGGGGGCAAUGGAUAUAGACCAAAAAAAAGGAAAGGAUGACCUACAGACAAAUAGCUUUCCAGUUCUUCUUGCACAGGGUUUAGAAAGUAAUGAUUUUGAAAUGCUAAAUAAAGUACUUCAAACUAGAAAUUUAAACUUAAUAAAGAAGACUGUGUUAAGGAUGCCCCUGCAUGCUGUUAUUCCAUUGUUGCAAGAGCUCACAAAGAGGUUGCAAGGACAUCCUAAUAGUGCUGUUAUAAUGGUUCAGUGGCUAAAGUGUGUGUUAACGGUCCAUGCAUCAUACCUAUCCACACUGCCUGAUCUGGUAGCCCAGCUGGGGACACUCUACCAGUUAAUGGAAAGCAGAGUCAAAACUUUUCAGAAACUCUCACAUCUUCAUGGAAAACUUAUUCUUCUAAUCACACAGGUUACAGCUUCAGAGAAAACAAAGGGAAUGACUUCUCCUGGACAGAAGGCAAAGUUGGUAUAUGAAGAAGAGUCUUCUGAAGAGGAGUCUGACGAUGAAAUAGCAGAUAUGGAUUCUGAUGAUAAUUGGGAUGAAGAUGAGGAAGAGAAAGAAAGUGAAAAAGAAGAAGUUGUUGAUGAAGAGAAUGAAGAGGAAGAUGAGAAAGCUGAAGAAAAAGAUGAAGAAAAUGGUGAGGACAGAGACGUAGCAAGUGAAAAAGAACUAAAUGGCGAUUCUGAUUUAGAUCCUGAAAAUGAAAGUGAGGAAGAAUGAAGACAGAAGAGCCAGCCAGUCAGACUGUGACCUCCGGCUCACCUUGCCCAGUGCUGCCGAGUUCUCCUGCAGAGGGUUGUCUCUGUGCCAGGAUGCCAAGGACGCUACACAUUUCCAGUUCUCAGAGGCGGUGCCCAUGCCACCUUGCUGUCCUGAGCACCCCAGACUUAACUGUGUAAAUAAGAGUGUUUCAUUCAAAUGUUAAUAAACUUUACACAGUAAAUAGACAA